GGCGGGGGGUGGGGGGGAGAAGCGAGAGACUAGAGAGUGAGGAGGUGGAGAGAAAAAAGCCGAGGAGGACGAGAAACAAAAGCACAACCGUGGGUGCCUGCAACAACCAUGAGCAGCGGCGGCUUGCCCUAUUCACCGGAGCUGCUGCUCUACCCGUGGACGAUGUCGUGAGGUGUGGCUCGCAACGCUAAGCAGCAGGGAUUCUGUCAGUCGAAACGACAGUAGCAAGCCAAGGAGGGGUGCUGCUGGUGGAAAAGAUGUCGACCGCCUCGGUGGGGCCCCAGGGCGGCCCUCGCCCACCCACCGCGCCGCCGACCGUUCCCGAACUGCCGGACCUCAGCCAUCUCACGGAGGAGGAGAGGAAAAUAAUCAUGGCCGUAAUGGAUCGGCAGAAGGAGGAAGAGGAGAAAGAGGAAGCCGUGUUAAAGACGCUGCACCAGCAGUUUGAGAGUUACAAGGAGCAGGUGCGUCGCAUCGGCGUGGAGACGCGGCGCCAGCAGCAGGGCCAGCACAAGGACGACGCCCCCACCUGCGGCAUCUGCCGCAAGACCAAGUUCGCCGACGGCUGCGGACACCACUGCUCCUACUGCCAGACCAGAUUCUGCGCCCGCUGUGGGGGACGCGUCUCCCUGCGCUCCAACAACGUAAUGUGGGUAUGCAACCUGUGCCGUAAGCAACAGGAGAUCCUCACCAAAUCGGGAGAAUGGUUUUCGGGGCCGGGGGCGAGGCAGAUGAGCCUGGAUGGCGGCCUGAACGCCCCGCCCACGGGGGGUGACACCCAACGGGGGGACAGGAAGCUACUCCGCUCCAGGUCCCAGGCCCCGCCCCCUUCCAGCGGUAACGCAGGGGCGGCGCCCGACGGAACGCAUCAUCCGCCAACGGUACCGGCCAAGGGAGCGUUGGACACCAUGCCGGCGUCACGCGCUCGGAGCGAACCACCACGAGACAAGAAAAGACCUGUGUCCCUCCAUGAACAGAACGGUAAGCCUGGUGGUCCUGGUCGUGGUAGAGGAGGCCGGGGACCCCCAGGGAAGCUUCAGACCGUGGCCUCCCAGGAGGAGUUCUGUGGUCCCGGGGACAUAGACUGGCGGGACGGCCGGCACCUGGAGAAGGUCCGCUCCCAUGACUACCCCGAUGGCGGCGACCAAGGAAAUCGCCCCGACCUCCGGAGACGCCCCCCGGAGGAGGAUGAGCUGGAGCGCAAGCGGCGCCAGGAGGAGGAGUUCCAGGCGCGUUACCGCAGCGACCCCAACCUGGCGCGCUACCCGGUCAAGCCGCAGAAGGAGGAGCAGGAGAUGCGCAUGCACGCCAAGGUGUCGAAGGUGCGCCACGAGCGGCGCCACAGCAACAACGCCAUCAAUGAGGUGGGGCUGGAGGGAGGGGGAGGGAACAUGGGGGAUGUGCCUGAGAAUCGUCUCCGGAGGGGCGGCGGUGGGAUUGGUGGAGAACCGGACCGCAAGGCAUCCUUGGAGAACCACCGCGCCUACUCCAUGGACAGGACCGUGGGGGGUGGUGGGGGUGGCGGAAUUGGGCAGGGACCCCAGGGAGGUCCCCCCCUCCUCAAACAGAACCAGAACCACGGACCCCUUCAACCAUCCGGUGGUGGCCCACGAACGGGCCCCCAUCCUGGUGCUCCUCACCCCCACCAAGGACCCCCACCUCCAGCAGGCUGGGAUCCCCCUAAGGGACCCCACCCCAGCCAACUGGACCCCAAUUCCCAGGCAGCCAUGAUGCACAAGGCUAGGAGGGAGAAGUCCGGGGACAGCCUGCUGCGGAAGGACUCCCAGAGCUCGGACCAGUCGGAGUCGCUGCGGCCGCCCCCACCCAGGCCCUACAAGAGCAAACGGGGCGUCAACAAGAGGCAGAUGUCUAUAAGCAGCUCAGAGGAGGAGGGCGCCUCCACGCCAGAGUACACCAGCUGUGAGGACGUGGACAUGGAGAGCGUCAGUGAAAAAGGUGAUUGGGACUGCCAUCCUCUGGAUCCUGCUGUGUGGCAUCAUCCAGUGACAUGGCAGCCGUCCAAGGAGGGCGACCACUUAAUCGGACGCAUCACUCUGAGCAAAAGGUCGGCCAUGCCCCGCGAGGCAGGCUCCUUACUAGGGUUAAAGGUUGUGGGUGGGAAGAUGACAGAGACAGGGAGACUGGGGGCCUUCAUCACCAAAGUCAAGAAAGGAAGUCUGGCGGACAUUGUUGGCCACCUGCGAGCUGGUGAUGAGGUACUGCAGUGGAACGGGAAGUCGUUGCCGGGAGCAACCAAGAAGGAAGUGUACAACAUCAUUCUGGAAUCCAAGGCGGAGCCUCAAGUGGAAAUAGUUGUCUCAAGGCCUAUUGGAGACAUACCAAGAAUUCCAGAAACAUCACAUCCUCCUUUAGAAUCGACGGGCUCCAGUUCCUUUGAGUCUCAGAAGAUGGAGCGUCCCUCCAUAUCGGUCAUGUCCCCCACCAGCCCUGCUACCCUCAGAGCCCUCCCCGUCAUCCUGCCUGGACAGCUCUCUGUAAAGCUGUGGUAUGACAAAGUGGGCCAUCAACUGAUCGUCAACGUCCUUCAAGCCAUAGACCUGCCCCCCCGACCGGACGGGCGACCCAGGAACCCCUACGUCAAGAUGUACUUCCUCCCUGACCGAAGUGAUAAGAGCAAGCGCAGGACCAAGACAGUAAAGAAGAGCGCUGGGCCCAAGUGGAACCAGACGUUCCUGUACUCCCACGUCCACCGCAGGGACUUCAGAGAACGCAUGCUGGAGAUCACUGUCUGGGACCAACCUAGAAUACAGGAGGAGGAGAGUGACUUCCUGGGAGAGAUCCUGAUAGAGCUGGAGACUGCCCUGCUGGACGACGUCCCUCACUGGUAUAAACUCCAGACCCACGAUGUGUCCUCUCUACCUCUGCCCCAGCCAUCCCCUUACCUCCCGCGCAGACACACCUCUCACGACAGCCCCAGCAAGAAACUACAGAGUGCAGAGCGUAACUCGAGGGAGAGGGAGAGGAACAGCACCCUGACUGUCCCAGAGCAGCAGAGACUUGCCCAGCACCGCUCCAGAUCUGUGUCCCCUCACCGCGAGGACAUAACAAGGGCCCGCUCCCGCCCUGCACACGUCCCCAUGCAGAGGAGUCUGGAUGAGAUCCAUCAGAACCGCCACCACUCCUGCUCCCCCUCUCGUUACCAUGACUCCCACGGGGAGCACCGCUCCGGGGACUCAGACUACGAGUACUCCGAGGACAGUGAGGUCCUCGAGAUGCACAGGUCUAUCCGAGGCGGGAGUGCCGAGUGCCUGCACACAAACAGUGAUCUGCAGCCCAGUCUGGACCGGGUGAGGAGUGCCAGCACCACCUGCCUCAGACCUGACACCAACCUCCACUCUCCUGAUAAAGACAGAUGCUCCAACUAUCUGCCCCGCAGACAGCCCGCAGGCCCCAGGAUUUUAGUAGAGCAGGCCUCCCCAGAGGAAGAAAGGCAGUCAGGGAGCCUGGGCAGACCUGACAGUCAGAGAGGUAACAGCAAGAAAGGCCUGGAGGCUGACAGUCGUAUCCAGCCCACCUCUAUACUGAGGGGCAGUAGGGGGAGAGGGGGACCGCUGCGCCCCUUUAACCAGACACCCCUGGGGGGAUCUGCCCCUAACUCACCACGACAGGACAGAACACACACCCACAGCCCCUCCCCUCCUACGGGGACUCCCCAGUCAGGUCGCAGGGGCAGACAGCUGCCACAGGUUCCUGCCAGAAGCAGUAGUGUAGAGCAAGCUCUAGCAGUAGAGGAGCGAGCCAGACAGAUGAACAUGAAAGUACAUUCCUACCGGCCUUCAGCAUCCCAUGACCCCGAGACGGACCUCAAGACCAAACGAGAGAUGUAUGCGGAUCAGCGGCGGAGCUCUGACAACGUGUCGGCCCGCUCGUCAGACAGCGACAUGAGUGACGCGUCGGCCCUAUCCCGCGCCAGCAGUGCCUCACGCCUCAGCAGCACCUCCUACAUGUCCAUCCAAUCAGAACGCCCGCGCGGGCGGCUCAGGUCCAAGUCUUUAGAGGACGAGAAGAAGGAGAGGAGGAUCUCGUGGGGGAUGAAUGGAGAGCAGGAGAGGAUGAGGGCAGCAGGGAAGAGACGGUUCUCUCAAGAGCUGAAGAGGAGGAGACACACUGUGUCUGGGGACCCCAAAGACGCCAGUCGGCAGGUUCGUGCGGCGCCGGGCCGGACCAUGCUGAAGAGCACAAGCGUGAGCGGUGAGAUCUACGCGUCAGAGCGUACCGACGGCAGCCAAUCGGAUACGGCGCUGGGCACGGUGGGCAUGGGUGGCAAGAAGAGACGCUCCAGCCUAAGUGCCAGGGUGGUCUCCAUCGUCUCCAACAGACGUAGUCGCAGCACGUCGCAGAUCGUCGGCCCGGAGGGGAAGGGGAAGAAGGAGAAGGGUGCGUCCAUCCAGAGGAGCACAGAGACGGGUAUGGCUGUAGAGAUGACCAGGAACAUGAGUCGACAGUCCAGUAAAGAGUCCACCAACGGCACCAUGAACAGCUGCAACUCCGAGGGAAAUCUGCUUUUCGGUGGGGUGCGUCUGGGACAGCCAGGCAACCAGUUCAGCGACUUCCUGGAUGGUCUGGGUCCCGCCCAGCUGGUGGGCAGACAAACGCUGGCCACACCUGCCAUAGGUGAUAUUCAGAUCGGAAUGAUGGACAAGAAGGGUCAGCUGGAGGUGGAGGUGAUCAGAGCUCGGGGCCUUGUACAAAAGCCUGGGUCCAAAUCCCUCCCUGCUCCAUACGUCAAGGUCUAUCUGUUGAAUAAUGGAGCGUAUGUAGCCAAAAAGAAAACCAAGAUUGCACGGAAAACGCUGGACCCGCUGUACCAGCAAGCGCUGCAAUUCGAGGAGAGCCCACAGGGUAAAGUCUUACAGGUGAUCGUCUGGGGAGACUACGGACGAAUGGACCACAAAAGCUUCAUGGGAGUUGCACAAAUCCUAUUGGAGGAACUAGACUUAACAAGCACAGUGAUUGGCUGGUACAAGUUGUUCCCACCCUCCUCUUUAGUUGACCCCACACUAGCCUCCCUGACUCGACGUGCUUCCCAGUCGUCACUGGACAGCUCCUCAGGCCCACCGGGCACCCGAUCCUAGUGGACCAAUAGGAAUACAGCUACCAAUCUUAAUGGACCAAUGGGACUAUAGCUAGCCUACCGCUUUGUGAAACGAUUUAACGUCACCUUAGAGAUUAACGGACAAAAAUUAUUGUAGAACAACAACAAUCAAGAAACAGAGUCACAAAUGAUUUAAAAAAAAGCUUUGUUGAGAUCUGACAAUCACUCCUAGCAUCAUUUAAUUUGUUUGUUUGUUUUAGAGAGCGUAAGGUUUCAGUGUUUCAUUCCUGUAACGAAUUCGUCAUCGUUUUUUCGCGGUUGUAAUCUAAGAACUAGGGCUGUCGAUAAUAAACAAUGUUUGGUAGCUAGGUAAGGCUGUACUGGAGUCGAGCGGUAAGGAGACACUCGAUUCAUUGAAGAAACUCGUUAGAAAUUUAAAUGUGAAAGGAAGAAGGGUGGUAGUUUUUAGUCAAACCAUCAAUAAACAAAGAAAUGUAUGUUAGCAUCAGAAUGUAUGGACCCAAGACAGAGGUGCCAUCCUCCUUGUCCCUCAGGGGAUGCCAUAAUGUCCUCUCCGCAGUGGCCCCCAUCCGGCCCCCAAACAGACUGCCAGCACUUCGGCCCCCAGGGCAGAGUGCUUCUGGGUGGGGUCGGUCCGGGCAAGCAGGGGUCUCCUUCUGGUGCCUAGACUUUGUGGAUUCACAUUACUGGUCCUUCUCUGUCAAAUAUCAUUGUUUUUGUUUUCAAUAUGUUUACCAUGGCUGGUCCAAGCCGCUCUCUCGUUUUUGUCUUUGGUACGUUUGACUUUUUUCUCUCCCUUUGUUACUUAUGGCACAACAAUGUUUUUAUGAUGAGUAUGAGGUUUACGAUGAGUUGUCUGAUGUAUGCAUGGAGAAGAGUAAAAAGACACAUGGAAAAAAUACGAAAUAGAGAAAAUUAGAUCAUGUGUCUGCAAUGAGAUGCAGGGGACUGUUCAGUGACACAUCUUAAAUGACGAUUUUUACACUUGACUAUGAGAUUAGUGUGGGAUUGCAAUGUUGUUUUCUUCAUUCAGUCACCUACAAAAAGUCCAACCCAGUUGUCUUUGUAUAGAUGUAUAUUAGACCUCCAUUAUCUUGACCAAUAAAUAUAAUUAUACAUUUCACUUUGGACUAUCACCAGGGUGUCAACAAGUCACUGUAAAAAAAGACGUCUCUUUGUCCACAAUCACGAGAACUUUCAUUUAGCUGUUUUCCUGGAGUAUCCUUCCCCUCACCCCAGCACAUGUUUAGGGGUUUUAUCUGAAAUUUCAGUUUACACUUUUUGAGAUUUAAAAAAAAAGUGAAUGAAAUUUUUAACAUUUUAAAUACUGCUUGCAAAUGUAUUUUUUUUGGUUCAUUUCAUUUCUUCUUUGUCUCGAUUAUUUGGAAAAACAAAAAACAUCAGUUGCUCAAAUUUCCCUUCUGCAUCUUUGUGAAUGUGAAAAGUAACCCAUCAGAUUGAACUUUCAGGACAGGAACACCAAUACUCAUCCUUCGUCAGGCCGGCCGACUCCUGCCACACCAAAGGGGGCGUGGCCAGCAUGACUCGGACCUGUUCCAAGCUGCAUGCACAUUUUGUCAAACAAAAACGAUACUGAUAAAAAAAGAAGAUUGAACUGAACUAGAUAUGUGUUAGUUCCACAUACUGUAGGCCCGCUUGUAUGUUGCAUGCACUUGUACAGUUUGCUCGUACUUAAAUAUAAAGAGAAACCGAAGCCAUUCACAUCACGCGAAGACAUUCAAAAUUAUCAGCUGCAGUCAAGUCUAGUCCACAUCCUUCAUUCCGGUGCUGAAUGUUUCGAAACCAGUCGAUUACCAAGAUUAUGUUGAUGUCUUUUUUAAAGCUAUUGAACACGUGCUGUACUGUCGUACUAAGCAAUCCUCACCGCCCAUUCUUUCAAAUCUACAGUUCCUGUACACAUCAUAGUUGACCUCUAUGGGGCUGAGACUACAUGGUUGAAUAUGUAUAAAUCAGAUCAACUUAUAUACAAAGUAUAGUUAUGUUGAACAUAAUGAUGUAAUAAGAUAUAUGGAUACAUAUAUUACACAAAUUAUUUAGAGUAUAAUGUAACGAAAGUAAUUUAGAUAUAUUGUAAAUAUUUUUUCAACCAACCAAACGGUUUAGUGAUAUUUACGAAUGGGGCCAAGUCAGAUUACGGGGACAUUGUCAAGUUCCUUAAGACUACGAUUGGACUUAGAAAGUCACAAAGGGACACUACUUUACUUCAAGGCUUCAGGGGAUAGUCCCAAAUCGCCACACUUGAGUGUACUAGGGUAUCAGGCCAUAUUAUCUGCAAAAGCUGUCGUCACUACACCUCUCUCUCUCCAUGCUUUGAAACCUACAACCUACGACCUAUGACCCCAGCCAUGUAAAACCCCAUUUAUAAAAACGUCACAUUUUUGGUUUUAUGUUUAGUGAGUUAUUCUUUUUUUUUUUUUUGUCAGUAUUAUUAGGAGAGAGAAAAAAAUGCUGAUUGUUUACAAUGUAUGUGUUCCACUGAAACAACAACUAUAAAAGAAAAUGAUCAGAUAAAAAUGUAUUCACUGCAGCGUUUCUUGUUUCGUAUAACAGGUGUGGCUCAAAUGAUGUGUGUGUUUUAUAUUUUAAAAAAGAGUUCAUUUUUAUUAUUUACAAAUAAAAAAAGAAUGUGUGGAAGAA